UGACUGUACGACGUAAUAUGAAGUAGGCCUCCUGUUUUUCUCCCCAACCCGGAGUCCUCCUGGCCCCCACCGACUCGAUGCAACGUUCAAGUAAGCAAAACACGGAGGCUGCCUACGAUAAUUCGGAAAGGUGUGGCUUACUCAUGAAGAUUUGUCAGUGCCUCGUAGGAUAGGAUCUAAAACAGCUAGCUUUGCCUGCAAAGAGACAUUCCAGAAAGUUUGGUUGAUCACCAUGCCUUUCCUGUGGUCUGUUUCCCUCUCGUUACCCCAAUGACCUCAACGGCAGUUUUGACCAUAGAGUCAGCUUUAUCCCCAAACCCUUUCUACGACCCCUAAGAAAAGACUGACCACGUGCGUAAGCUGCAUUGGGGUGGUCUUCCAAAUGCCUACCUCACGCCUAAAGAGCAAAUCACUGCAGCCACAGCCCUGAUCAGCAGCCACCAUGACAUCAAGCGUAGGGGAUGAUUGUAGCAUCUUUGAUGGGUUGAUGGAAGAAGAUGAAAAGGACAAAGCAAAACGUGUGUCCCGUAACAAGUCUGAGAAGAAACGGAGAGACCAGUUCAAUGUCCUCAUCAAGGAACUCGGCACAAUGUUGCCGGGCAACACCAGGAAGAUGGACAAGUCCACCAUCCUGCAGAAAAGCAUUGACUUCCUGUGUAAACACAAAGAAAUCGCAGCCCAGUCGGAGUCGAGUGAGAUCAGGCAGGACUGGAAGCCUCCAUUUCUUAGCAAUGAGGAGUUCACCCAGCUCAUGCUGGAGGCUCUGGAUGGGUUCUUUAUAGCAAUAAUGACUGAUGGGAACAUCCUCUACGUCUCUGAGAAUGUCACCUCACUACUAGAACAUCUACCGACGGACUUGGUGGACCAGAACAUGUUAAACUUCCUGCCAAUCGGGGAACACUCUGAUGUGUACAAGGCUCUGUCCACUCACCCCACCGACCACGAGAACAUCAGCACUGAUUACCUGAAGACUAAGAACCACCUGGAGUUCUGCUGCCAUUUGCUGCGAGGCGCCAUUGACCCCAAUGAACCACCCGUCUACGAAUAUGUGAAGUUCAUUGGCAACUUCAAGUCACUCAACAAUGUUCCCAAUGUGACGAGGAAUGGUCUAGCAGGGGUGUUACAGCGGUCACUACAACCUGCGUUCGAUGACCAGGUGUGCUUUGUAGCCACUGUUCGGCUGGCCAAACCUCAGUUCAUCAAGGAAAUGUGUACAGUGGAGGAGCCCAAUGAAGAAUUCACCUCGAGGCACAGUCUAGAAUGGAAGUUCCUCUUCUUAGACCAUAGAGCUCCACCAAUCAUAGGCUACCUGCCUUUCGAGGUUCUGGGAACAUCUGGGUACGACUAUUACCAUGUGGACGACCUGGAGACACUAGCCAAGUGUCACGAACACUUAAUGCAGUACGGUAAAGGAAAGUCUUGCUACUAUCGUUUCCUGACUAAAGGUCAACAAUGGAUCUGGCUUCAGACGCACUACUACAUCACCUAUCAUCAGUGGAACUCUCGACCUGAGUUUAUUGUCUGUAGCCACACAGUAGUCAGCUAUGCAGAGGUGAGGGCAGAACACCGCAGAGAGCUUGGCAUUGAGGAGUCUAACCCAGAAGUUACUGCGAAUAAGAGUCAGGACUCUGGCUCAGAGUCGCAGCUGAAUACGUCCAGCCUCAAGGAGGCUCUGGAGCGAUUUGACCGCAGCCGAACGCCCUCGACCUCCUCACGGAGUUCUCGCAAGUCCUCAUCACAUGUCUCUGACAACACCUGUACUUCAACAGCCUCCAAGCUACACAUGGACAUGGCCACACCUCCUCGGCAGUCACUGGGCUCCACCAUGGAGAUGACAUCACAGCGUCGCUCAUCCAUCAGCAGUCAGUCUAUGAGCUCUCAGACCACAGGCCAGAGUGUAACUCCAGGUAUGAUCACUCAGCAACAACAACAGCAACAACAACAGCAACAACAACAGCAACAGCAACAGCAACAACAACAGCAACAGCAACAGCAACAACAACAACAACAACAACAGCAACAGCAACAGCAACAGCAGCAGCAACAACAACAACAACAACAACAACAACAACAACAGCAACAACAACAACAACAACAACAACAGCUACAGACAAACGUACAGCCGGUGAUGGAAUUCUCAGCGCAGGUGAAUGCCAUGCAGCAUCUAAAGGAGCAGCUAGAACAGAGGACAAGACUGAUCCAAGCCAACAUCCAGCGGCAGCAGGACGAGCUGAGACACAUCCAAGACCAGCUGCAGAAAGUCCAGGGACAGGGCAUACAGAUGUUGCUGCAGCAGGCAGGUGGAGCAAUGAGCGUGCAGCUCCCCCAGGUGGGGUCGGUCCCACAAGCAACUACUUUGAACAGUCAGGUCCAGCAAACAACAAUUAACCCCAUCCAUUCAGGAACUCAGCAGCUCACCAUCCAGCAGCAGGCUUCUCCCCCCCAGCAAAACCUACAGCAGCAGCAGACCAACACCCUCACACAGGAGUUCAUAUCAUGUCCCUCCCUCCUUCCCCACAUUACCACUCUCCAGCCCCAGCGUCAACCCCAGCAACCUCCCCAGGCUCAGACCCAGGGCUCUGUAUCUGCUCCACUAUACAACACCAUGAUGAUUUCCCAGCCAGGGCAGCCCAACGUGCUGCAGAUCAGCACCAGCCUGCCGCAGACCAACACACAGCAAGGCACCGCAGUGGCCACCUUCACACAGGACCGACAGAUCCGGUUCCCAGCAGGGCAGCAGCUGGUGACUAAGCUUGUGACAGCUCCAAUGGCAUGUGGAGCAGUCAUGGUGCCUACUUCCAUGUUCAUGGGACAGGUGGUCACUGCGUACAACCCCUUUGGCGGGCAACAGCAGGGAGGGCAAACCCAGACCCUGACAUUGCAACCAGCCCAACCACCCCAAGGUCAGCCCGACCAAAACCAGACUGCCGUAGUGUCUCAGGGUGGCCAGCAGGGGCAGCAGCAACAACAGUCAUUCAUACAGGGCACUCGUCUUCUCCAUAGUAACCAGUCCACCCAGCUGAUUCUACAGGCUGCUUUCCCACUCCAACAGCAGGGCACCUUCACGCAGGCAACACACCAACAGCAACCGCAGCAACACUCUCACCACCAGAGGCACCAGCAGCAGCUGAAACCACAGCCCCAGAAACAGCCGAAAGCGCCGUCAUCGCACAGGACUGACAGUGUCAGCAGCCAACCACAGUAAAGUCUGGAGGAAAACGUGUUAAGCUAGAUAACCUGGGGACUUGAAGCUCUAAGGGAUGCUGCAUACAUUUGUUUUGGGCUUGUGGUUGUCACAAACUUCUUUCCCCCAAAAUCGUUGCCCUCCAUUCUUCCAUCUGAAAGAAAUGAAUCAUAGGAAAGAGGAAAGCCUGUGAGUCCUCAAGGAACUCACAAAGGGUUGUCACCAUGGCAACAGGAUGGAUUAAAAUCCCCUUUCUCUCACCAGAGGCGGAAUUGUGAGGGAGCUGACCUUGUACAGAUUUACUGUAUGAUACAAAAAAAAAACAUGUAAAUAUCCAAUAUAGUCUAACAGGAAACAGAAAUGUUGUAUUUUAUAUGAUUGCAUGGAAAGAAUAACUGUGUAAGCUUUUAUUAGUCGCUUUUGAAAAAUGAAUUUUUACUUUGUUGAAAGUGUUUUCUGGUCAAAAAUGGCGUAAUGGCGUGCUAUCUCAGUCUUCUCUCCCCCUUCUCUAAGAAAAAAAAAAACAGUCCAUAAUAAGGCUUUACAGUUCUGUCAGUUUGGUUUGGGGCUUGGGUUUUCUUGUGGAAUUUGUGUUUUUAAACACUGAAAAUAGCUCUUUUUAACUUUGUAAGUACAAAUUAUGUUUGGCAAGAAACUAGAUCACAGUUUAACUGAAAUCUUGGCGGAAUGAUCACUGUACGUAUAACGGGUUUAGUGAUUCCAAGUGCCAAUAACAUAGUCAAUUAUGUUUGUUUUAUUUUGAGCAGACUAUUCAAAGGCAUAUAUAUAUAUAUAUAAAUAUAUUUUCCAACAAAAUAUUACCCCUAAUAAAGUUAAUGCGUGUGUAUAUAGUAGGGAUUAUUUUUUAACAGUCAGAGAGCCCUAUAAGUAACAAACAGUAUAUCCUCAACCUCCUGAAACUUUAGCACUUGAUGUGGUUGUGUACAGUAAAUCACUGUCAAGACCUAGUUGUUUGUAAUCUGUGGUGUGAUUCUGUGGGCUAGUGUGUGUUUUUGGGAGUACAAUAUUUGUGUGCAUGAGUGCGCAUGAGAGUGUCUGUAAUUUGUGUGUGUGUUUGUGUGUAUGUGUGCUUGUUGCCCCUUGUGUCUUACAAUAAUUGACUUAGUAAGGGUUUGAAGUUGCUGGAUGGUACUUGUAUUCUCAGGAAUGUGGAAAGUUUUUUGCUUCUGCCUCAGUCUGGAACCAGACAAGGAAGGAUUAGACAGUGAUGCUGCAAAGACCAGAGGAAGAAAUGUUAGUGUGAAGGGUGUGUGGUUGGUGACUAAAUCAAAUUUGACCCAGAUUUCUUAGAGCCUUCCUUGUUAUUUCCUUAUCAAAAUAGGAUGAAGGGAGAAGUCUCCAAAGACAGUGAAAAUAUGCUGUUAUUUUAGUAAAGGGGGGAGGACAAGAUGUGAUGUGUAGAAAUAUAGAAAAAUAAUUUUCAGCUAUUUACCCAGAUUGGAAUAGAUUGACUUCAUUGUACCAGCGAAGCUGUAUUUCUACUCACUUGUCUCAUGGUCUUCUGUAUCGUCAGUGUUUCAUCCUUCUAUCUCUUCCUAGGCCUCAGAAAGCCUCAUGCAGUUCAGUUCACUCGUCUCUCAGUUCUCAAAUAGCAGUUUAAACAAGGGCUGGGCCCAAGUCCAUUUCAAAUACAUAGAUGGAAAUGGGCUCAACCCCUCUACUACAGUUGUAAGCCAUAUCAAACAGAAAAGCCUUUGGUUGGAGGAAGCGUAAUGGUUGGCAAAGGAGUGUUUAGAAUGUGUUGUAUUGUCUCAGAGUGUAGUUAAGACUGUGUGCGUGCGUGCGCGUUUGUGUGACUAAAGUGUCUCCUCUUCUUGAUCCUACUUGUAUCACUCGGGGGUCAGUAUUGGUUUCCCCUGGCGAUAGCCAAUCAGUUCUUGCGUUGCAGUAUAAAGAAAAAAUUGUAAUAUUCAAGAAACUUCCUCUCCGGUUGGGCUCAGUAAUCUGCAAGCCUGUGUGUGGGACAGCUCAACUUGAAUACAUGUUUGUGUGAGGUAGUUUGUAUGCAUGUUAACUGUCACUGUAACCCGUUAUAUAAAAACAGAUGUGCGACUGGAAAAGAAUGGAUGUUAGGCAAUGCAAAGCAUUGGUAACCUGGCAGGUUCUAAAGAAGAUGGGCAGUGUUAUUGUUUUACAAUGACAAACUGCUCAACUAACACGUAUCACCAACUACACAGACCAGUCUCAAAUGGUAACCCUCUGAGAUAUGUUUUUCAUUGAGAUUUGACAAUUUGUGCUACUAAAUGUGGACACAUCUUCUUGUGUUUCCACAAAUAAGGAAGGGAGGGUCUUACUAUUUGGUCUUCCACCCAUCACGUAACAAAUGUAGAUCCUCUAACAGACUAGUUUGUGUAUAAGGCAUUACUCUAAAGAGUAAUGUUAAAAUGUUUAUAGUUUGUGUCACUGAUACCCAGCCCAAAGAAUGUAAAGGUGUUUUAAAGAGACUAAUGGAUGUUGUAACUGUUGAUUAUGGAGAACCUUUGACAGGCUUUGUGAUGAAGGAAAACUACAAAAAUCCACAUAUAGAAUCAGAAAAUGCAGUCUUUACAAGCUUUGCAUUAUAAAAGAACUUCCUGAAUGUUUCACCAUUUCAAAAUGUAUUUCAGUUUUUUUGGCAACAAUCAUUUUCUGUUUAGAAAAAGAGUUUAAAGGUGGUGAAAGUUGAGGUGAAGGAUAUUUGAAAUGGGACAUCAUAGACAAGACAGCGGGCCCCCUCUCCACACAGAUCACCUUUCCAUUACACAAUCUGGUUCUAAAGAGUCCUAGUUCUAGUAUAAUACUGUACACAAACACAAAGCGAAAAACACCAGUAUUCAGUGUAAAACGGUGCUAUGCUUCCCUGUACUGUAUGUAUGUAUAUUCCUUCUUCUGCUCUUGAACUGUGCUCCUUUUAUCUACCCCAAAGUCAAAUGUAAUAAUAAUCAAUAUUUUGAAGCAAAAAUGUUUGCUAUUAUUAUAACCCCUUUUCCCUUCUUGGUCAAUUUGAAAAUAAAAACAGUUGCAAAUAUUAUACGUGA